AUGGGACCAUUUGACGGCCUGAUUGCGAGCAGCACUUGUCUACACCGUGUGAAACUGCUCACCAGCGCCGGAUUGGAGAAGCUAUUGGUCAGCGAGAUUUCCGGAAUCUCGAGCGAUUGCAACAUCCUCUCCGGGGGCCCGUGUUACGUCGACGCCCGCGCUAGCCUCUACCAUGUGUGGAAGCUGAUGCUCGAGAGCCGGCUGUGUGAACAGAUGUGGAUGCAUGUAUGCGAUCCCUUCCCUGUUCGACACAGCCGUACCUUCAUGCGCACCCUCAACAAUGCAGAAUGGAAAGGGUUCAUCCCCUUCAGUGCCAAUUUGCCGCUGCCGUAUGUACGUGUUAAUUGCAAGGACUCGACGCUAUACCACACGGGGAUGAUUAAGAAGAUGGUGCACGAGGUUAUCAAGGGCCACUGCCACAAGUCUGUGCAACUCCAAGGGGAUGAGCUGCCAACGAUUAUGCAGCGAAGAGGGCAUCUUCCAGUGUGUCCCACACUUAUGAUGAAUAUAGACAACGACAUGUGCGAAGUUCUGGCCAACGCUUCCGGCGACAUUUGCGAGCGGCCAUGGGCGACGGCCUCUGCAUUAGACACUCGCAUGAAUCCGGGUGCCGUUUCCGCAAUCGCAAAUAAAAUUGACCUCCUCCAGCGCAUCAAAGACAACAAUAUAACCACUAUAUGGGAUCCUCUGUGUCACAACGGCUCACUGCUGCUGGAGCUCUUUUCCAUAUUUCGGGGACACCGUCUUCGGCCGGUCGAUCAUGUCUACCCCAUGAGCAACUUUCCGUUGAACGUACGAAAUGUUUACGAAGAUGCAUACGAAUCAUUCGUGGCGGAUGGGUAUUCAGGAGGCCCGCUAAAGCUACUGGGCACUGAUGUAUUUGAAAAGCAUGUGGCGGAUGCUAAGGCUUGUUUGGGUCGAUAUCUCAACUCCCCCAUUCAUUUACGUAAACGAAGAGAAAACAAAUCUACGAGUUCUGAGCGAGGAGAAUCGAGUGGAAGUGAUCCAAACGCAGCUUCUGGUGCACCAUCUAACGAAUCCGCUGCCGAUGUGACCCUGACCUUUUCAUCCCAACCUAUGGAGGACGUCGACGUUAGCUCUGGCAACACUCUGGUGUUGACCAAUCUGUACUACGGCCACAAAGGCCGUCGGAAGGAGUUCCUCGAAGCGCAUCGCAGGUUUGAGGAGGUGCUGAUGAGGUCACCUCGGGCGUUGUUGCAGAACGUUUACGUGGUGGCAACCGAAGGACUUCGCAGCCGUUCGAGGUUUACGUGGGAGCCUGAGCUAAAUUUCAACAACGGCGGCGUGUUAGUGUCACUAUUGAAGUUACGUGGCGUGAAAACGUAG